ACGCACAGUCGCACACUUCAUGUGGAUGUAAACAAAGACGAACGUGUUGAUGCUUUCACAAGUCGAUGAAUUUUAAGGGCAAUUCAUUCAUAUUUUAAAACUCUUUUAGUCAAAAUGAGCAUGAAUUGCUUGAAGAUUUCAAACUUCCCGGAGAGUUUUAGCAACGCGGAAAAAGAGGACUUUCUGAAGCAUUUUGGUGCUGUUUCAGUUGACUUCGUAGGCUCAAAAAAUUCCCUUGCCUUCGCUAGUUUCGACAGUGAAAAUGGAGCGUCAACUGCUCUCAAGAGGCUGCACCAACUGGAAAUCUUGGGGAAGCGUUUAAUUACAGUUUACAGUAAGAGAAAAAUUGAGAAUUGGACUGCUGUGAAUAUUUUAGAGUCCCAAAAGCCUGAUGAAGAUGCAAAGGAUGGUGGCAGUCAGAAGUGCUAUGAAAAAUUUCUUCAAGAUCUCAACGCCUGGAGUUUGCCACUGAAUUUAAGCCAGCCUCCGCCUUCACACAUAACAUAUUUGUAUCCACCGCCUUCGAUCGAAGUGCUUGCAAACAUAGCUCGAGCUCUUGUUUCCGUUCCUAAAUUUUACAACCAAGUGUUGCACCUAAUGAACAAAAUGAAUUUGCCUUCGCCAUUCCACUCAACGUCCCCUGAGUAUCAGUCUGCCAUAGCUUCCCUUCUGGGUCUUCAGUUAAACCUUCAAAGUGAAAGCAGCAAAUCGCCAGUUCCAGAUUUAAAUGGAAUCAGUGCCACAGAGGAAGAACAAAACAAACAAAAGACUUCUUCCAGUGAAUCUGAACUUGAAAGUGACUCUGAGCCGCUGAACAAGGUUCCCGAGCUGUUGCCACUUAAGAGGAAGUCUGCAGACACCAGGUCAAGAAUCAAAGUACCAAAGUUGUCAAAGCCGCAAAAAAGUUCAACACAAAUAACCAAACAAGCAGUGCCAGUUACUGAUGUUUUUGAGUUGAGCACCAAAGAGCCGCAAAAGAACAUCACGUUGAAGCUUAGUGAAAAAGACGAUGGUCAAGUUAAACCCAUUGUGGCGCCAAGUGAUCCUUCAGUGCAAGCAGACGGUUUUGGUAUCCUCUUUCCAGUUGUGCCCAGCAAUGAAGAACAUGAAGAAAAGGACCAAAAUGACAGCAAUGAUGGCUCAUAUAUUUCUGUAGCCACGCUUAGGGGGAACAGGGUACCUGAGAGAGAUCGAUCAAGCCUGCCUGUUUUUCGAAACUAUCAGCCUGGAGCUCCAUCUUGCCGGCUGUAUGUUAAAAAUUUGGCCAAGGCAACCACAGCGAGAGACCUGCAUUUCAUCUUCAGGGCUUUCAUUGGACACAGACCAUUGGAUGAGGAAGCAAAUAAAAUGUUUGAUAUUCUGCUGAUGACUGAAGGACGCAUGAAAGGACAGGCCUUUAUCACUUUUCCUUCUGUGGAGCAAGCUCAAAACGCAAUGAAGGAGGCAAACGGCUACAUUCUUCAUGACAAACCAAUGGUCAUCCAAUUUGGCAGAUCAAAAGUACAAAAUACUGUUAGUAAACAGAGCGAUUAAAUUUUAUUAUCAUUAAAAGA